AGUAGCAUAAAGAGGAAAUUGUUGUGCGGCAUUCUCAAAUGGGUUUAGGGUUUUAAGAAAGGGGGGGCUUUUCGGCUUUUAGCUUUUUAUGUACAAAAACGUUCACCGUCACCACCACUCUACAACAUCGAAAAAGCUCCUCCGCCAUUUUUGCUGUUUAAGCUUCUGAUUUCGCUUUCUCAUCACUCACCAUGUGGGCUCUUCGCCGUGCUUCUGCUCCUCUCAGGAAUCGAGGAUUUAGCAUCUGUGCGUCUAGCGCUUCUUUUGCUGAUUCGGAGUUACCAAUUUUUUCCGUACAAGAUAAAGCCGGUAACUUUGAAUCUUCUGGAUUGACAUCUGAUAUGUGUCUCUCGUCAAAGGGGUUUCACCGCAGAAAUCAUGUUUCUGCAAAUGUACUUCGUGUCAGGCGCACUCUUUCUUCACAAGCCGGUGAAAAAAGCAGUGGAGAGGAAGAUGAUUUGAUGGAUGGUUUUUCUGAACUUGAAGAAACAGACAGUGUUAAGACAGUUCAAAACACUAACGCUCAAGACGUGGAUGAAGACGAACUGAUUUCUGAACCAGAUUUCUCUGAAGAUGAAUAUGAAGUUGCUGAUUCGUCCAAAAAUGAGCUUGAGAUGGACACUGAGGCUGGAUUGAGUGAGAGCGUGUCUUCUAGGACUAACUCAUUGCUUAGGACAGUCAUGGUUACUCGAGGUAUGCCUUUGCCUAAGGCUCUUGAUGAGUGGGUUAAAGAAGGAAAUGAUUUGAGCCGUGGAGUGAUCCUCUUUGUCAUCCGCAAGCUUCGUAAGUAUCGAAUGUAUGGCAAGGCAUUGCAGUUCUCAGAGUGGCUGGAGUCAAGGAAAAAACUUGAACUCGUUGAAAGAGAUUAUGCUUCUCGCGUCGACUUGAUUGCUAAAGUAUACGGACCUCAAAGGGCAGAGAAGUUCAUUGAGAAGAUUCCGAAGUCCUUAAAAGGGGAGUUAGUUUACCGAACCCUUUUGGCUAACUGUGUCCAAGCCAACAAUUCAAAGAAAGCGGAGGAAGUGUUCAACAAAAUAAAAGAUCUUGAAUUACCGCUCACAUCAUUUACUUGCAACCAGUUGCUCCUUCUUUACAAAAGGACUGACAGGAAGAAAAUUGCGGAUGUACUAUUGUUGAUGGAAAAAGAGAAUGUGAAACCGUGUCUCAUGACUUACAGAAUAUUGAUAGAUGUCAAAGGCCAAUCCAAUGACAUAACGGGGAUGGAACAUAUUUUGGAGACAAUGAAGGCUGAAGGUAUUGAAACAGACACACAUACAAAAGCAGUCUUAGCGAGGAACUAUGCCAUUGCUGGACUUAAAGAGAAAGCUGAAGCUGUUCUGAAAGAGAUGGAAGGGGACAAUUUGAAUGAGGAUCCUAAGGUUAGAAGAUAUCUGCUUCUACUUUAUGCAGAGCUUGGACAUGCUGAUGAAGUGGAGAGGGUUUGGAAGGCUUGCGAGUCAAAUCCCAGGACUAGUGAGUUCCUUGCUGCGAUCGAAGCUUGGGGAAAGUUAAAGAAGGUUAAAAAGGCUGAGGAUGCUUUUGAGAAGAUGCUAAAAGCUGUGAAGAAGCCUUCUGCAGUCCAUUACAACGCGCUUUUGAGGGUGUAUGCGAAUCAUAAGAUGCUGACGAGAGGCAAGGAUCUUAUUAAGCGUAUGGCGGAGAAUGAUGGCAAAAUUUCCAGAAUGACGUUGGAUUCAGUUGUGAAACUCUAUGUUGAAGCCGGAGAGAUAGAAAAGGCUGACUCCGUGUUGCAGAAGGCCACUCAACAGAACCAAUUGAAGCCGUUGUAUGUGUCCUAUAUGGCUAUAAUGGAUGAAUACGCAAAGAAAGGUGAUAUUCACAACACAGAAAAGAUGUUUCUUAGGAUGAAGCAGGCUGGUUAUGAUGCUAGAUUUCGUCAGUUCCAAGCUCUUAUUCAGGCCUACGUAAAUGCCAAGACACCAGCUUAUGGGAUUAGGGAGAGAAUGAAGGCAGAUAAUAUUUUCCCAAAUCGAGCCUUGGCGGCGCAAUUGACGCAGGUUGAUGCAUUUAGGAAGACAGCUGCGUCUGAAUUGCUUGAUUGAGGAACUUGUUGGUUUCUCUUGGAAUGAGCUACCAGUAUUUUUUUGGUUUUAUCAGCUAAUUUAUCAUGCAUUGAAUGCUGUUUAAAUUUAAUACGAGUCGCUGAAAGUUUAACUUCCUUAUUUUUAGGUGUUGUCUAAUGAUAAAAAGUUUCAAUCAUUCAGAUUUUAAUCA